UCAAUCGAGCGAGGCGGGAGCUCUUACGGACCUUGAACAAACUCAUUUGAAUUUUUCAAAACUUUCGUUUGAAAGUUAUGCCAGAAUUUCUUCCACUCGACUGAGCAUAGAUCGUAUUACGUCCAAGGGCUGACGUUUGAUAAUUGUGAUAGCUGUACCACAACAACUGGCUGUAUUUGGCGUCCGAUCGUAAAUUUCGCUGGUCGCAUUUUGGUGUUGAUGAUUUGAGAAUCAAACCGUUGAGAACAUCGCGCCUUUUCAAUUACGAGAUGUAAUGGCAUUACAUCGGAAGUUAUCUGGAUCGCCAGUUGAGGUAUAUAAGGCCUGGGUGAAUUGCUGUUUAGCUGAUGUUGGUGAUAACAGAAGAGUUACUGACCUAGCAGAUGACUUAAAGGAUGGUGUCAUACUGAGUCAGUUGAUCAAGUCAACCACAGGAUAUGAACUUAGUCAAGGCCAACAGAUACAGGCCAGGGAAUUGCCACAGUCACACCAAACAGUGCAGCUUGUGAUAGAUUACAUGAAGGUCAAAGGAAUUGUCAUCUGCUGUCAAGUGGAAGAUAUUGCAAGUGGGAAACUCAAAUCUAUCUUGGACAUUUUGUGGCUUAUUAUCUUGCAUUUUGAAAUACACAGUGCCAAUCGUGCUGCUUAUCAGCGAACAGUGAAUCUAGGAAAGAGGUUUCUUCUGGAAUGGUGUUGCACUGAAAUACCAAACAGUGCAAUUGACCCCAGAGGACCAUUUUUAGAUUUUCUUCAGGAUGGUUUUCUGCUCACCAAGCUAAUUACCAAGUACUGUCCAGUUGAUGGAAUCAACAUAAGUGAUUUACAGGUGAUAAACAAAGAUGCGUUUGUUACUGUUUUGGAAACUGCUGAGGACUGCCUUGGAAUUCCUUGCAAAAUCCUCAGCUCAUCAGGAAUUUUGGAUGCAAACACGUUUGAUGAAUAUGCAGUUAUCAUUUACAUGGCUGUACUAAGACGAAAGAUUUGUGCCCUGAAAGGCGAAGAACCAAUUAAGGGAGGAGUAAAAACAGAACCUUCUCCAUCCAAACAGAGGAAUCACCUAAAUGGAGACGGUUCGUUCAACUAUUCCCCGAGCAAAUUUCCACAUAACAAGACCUCGCCGAUGGACUCUUCUUUGUCUCCCACAUCACUGAGGAAUCUUGUUGAUCAGCAUACAAAGUCUCAUGCAGCAAUUCAUGCUUUACAGGAGCGUAUUCAAUCAGUCACCCAUCUGGCUUCUACUCCAAAACUACAGAAGAAACUACCCGAGUCCCGGUUUAUUAAAAGCAUGUCACCAACUCCCAUCGAGGGGAUAUCGUUGACGUCCUCCUCAGAGGAUGUUACCACCAAAGAAAAAGACAGUUUCCCUAUACAAGUUAUUCCAGCGGAUCAAAAUGACAAUGUUCUGGAAGUGAAUGGCGAGGAGCCUUUUGGCUCUCUUUUGCCGGAGUCUGACGGGUCCACUUCAGAACCUCUUUACACAAGUGUGGAUAAACAAUUUCUUGAGCUGAUGUUGGAUGCUGUUCAAAAGGGAUUUAUGCCUCCUGAAUUGGCAGCAGCGAAGACGUGGCUGAACACUGAUGGAGCAGACGUAGAUUCACGAACUACAAAUGGGGUUAGUGAAGAGGAGCAUCUGAUAAUCGAUGAAAACAGUAGUAUGAAUGAAGAAGAGAUGAAUGGAAUAGAUAAUGAAGCGUCGCUAACAGCGACGAGUGUUGAACCAUCGCAUCUAUCGGACGGAACAGCAUCAGAUAUUGUUGAAUCAACAUUGGCAAGCGUUGAACCAAUGCAGGUUGUGGAUGGACCUCCACACCCAAGCGAAGGGCCAACGAUGGCAAGCGAUGAGACGAUGCAGUUUGAAGAUAACCACUCUGUGCCCGACACAGGGGAGUCAGAAGCCUCCACGCCGGGUAAAAAAGUGCAAUUUCUCGGACUCGACACCAUUUUUGGCCACAACUCAAGCUCUGCGGAUGAGUCCCCGAAUAAGUCAAUUUCCCCAGCUCACGUUCAACUCAAACAGCCUGAUAUCCAGGUGAAGGACUCUGAUUAUACUUUUGAUUCUUCUCCGAAAACCACAGUCACGUGGGCAACAUUAGAUUCACCGGCGAAUGGAACUGGAAUUGACAAAUCUCAGACUUACGCUAUGUCCAGUCCAUGGGAGGACCUCCACAGGUAUGAGAGAGCACUAUAUGGCAAAGGCACUGGUAAUACGGCAGAGGGAGAUUCGGACGAUCCUUUCAUGAUGUACCUGAACUCCAUAGAGCAGACAGCUCUCAAGUUCAAGUUACAGGUUGAACAGGCGAAGGUAGAUACUUUGGAAGCUUUAAAAGUCAAGCUGGAGAAAGCGUACGAAGGAACGCCUUUGGAAGAUAUCCCGCUGAAAUUUAGGGAAAAACUCCAAGAAACAAUUGCUCAGAUCGCUUCUGACGAAGUGUUGAAGAAAUACGAGGCACUUGUUACCCAAGAUGAAGAAAUGAGCGAUGAGGAAAAUCAGAUUUUAGAAUGCAUGCGAAGUGAACUCGACUCAGUCGCGUGCGAAAACUUUGAGCUUCAUCAACAACUUGAAUUGUUGAAAGACUAUGAGAGGAAAUAUUUUGAUCUAAAGGAGAAGUUUGAUAGUCUAGACGAUGGAAUGUCUUCGAUCAGAAAUGAGUACGAGAGAAAAAACGGUGAGAGUGAAUUUCUCGCAGAAAGAGUUGAGUCGCUCGAGAAAAACAUUGUUAACUUGCGGGUGGAAUAUAACAACGAAAUCACGGAUUUGCAAAAUGAGAAUCUUCAGUUGCAGAAGACAUGUUUGGAGCUGGAAAACAGGAAUAAGAUUUUAGAGGAAGAAAUAACUGCUGGCGACGAGACAUCGAUUGUACGUCGAGCGAAGAACAACGAUAGAGGAAACAAAACAGAGAGAUUCGUUGCCGAUCAAGAAUAUGAAAUAAUACAGUUACGCCUCGAGGAAUCGGAGAGACAAAAUAAAGCCUUGAGAGCAGCGGCACAGGCCGACCAAGCGAUGAUUCGAUGCAUGGAAGACAAAAGAAAUGACCUCGAGAAAGCACUCAUUAAAGCACAGGACGACCAUAGCAAUAUUUUGCUAGAGCUCCACGAAGCACAACGACAAAUCUCGUCGGAUAAAGUUAAGCUGUCUAGCUACCAGGAAGAGACCGAUGCCUUAAGUCGCGAAAACAAACUGUUGAAGUCCCGUUUGGAGAUUGCCCAGAAUGAGAUAGAGUAUAAUCUCGAGAAGCAAGGAGAGAGAAGCGAGCCGUGGAAGAGUAACAAGAGAAUGAUAUGGAGAGAAAUUCGUGAGUUAGAGAAGAUACUAAAAGACGUUCACCGUGAAAAAAGGACCCUAGAAAAGAAAUACGUCAGCUUUAAGCAGGAAAGUGAUCAACUCACGAGCUCAAUGUCUCUACACAGCUUUUCAUCGACCGAAAAUACGCCGGACAAGGAGCGAGUGAAUGAAACUGCGGUGAAACUGAGAAGUAAAUCGUGGCACAGUAGAACUGAAAUGGAAAAAAAUAGAGCUGCUGUCACUGAUUAUUCUGGUGAUGAUGAUAGCUUUUCCUCUCCGCCUCGCAAAGUCAAAAGCUGGUUGGAAGGUAUUGAUAGUACGAAGACUGGGACAAAGGAUGAUGGCCAACCCAUCCUGAAUUCAAAAGAAGGGACACCACCUCACUCCUACAGAUCUCAAAGCAAUGGGCCGAUGAGCAGAUCAGCUGCCGACAUUGGGAGCCCGAAGAAAGAGGAAAAUGGACUUGUUAAUGAGCUCGAAGAACUUCGUCAUCACGUGGGAAGCCUAGAGGCCGAGAAGGCUGCUAUUGUGAAAGAACUCAGCUCGCUUCGUUUCAGCAGAAUCACCAGAUAACAAGGAGGAAUACCAGAUUGCCUUCUGAGAAAAUAUUCCUGUUGCAGCUCUGGACAACAGUGUUUUCGUGAACUUGUGACCGAUACUUUUUUGAAACCAGUCCUUUCCUUAAUUUGCAUUGGUGUGUUGACAGUGAUCCAGUAUUUUAAUGGAUUUUACACGAUCGCUCAAUGAUUGGCUUAUAAGUGUGGUACUACCCAUCUGAUCAAUUUGAUCUAGCAGUU